AAAUACAUGAAUACACACCAUCCACAACAAAAAUUCAUCCAUCACAAUGCACGCAAGCAGAUUUGAUAUUAUUUUUUACAGCUACAAAUUCGAUACAAUUUUUUGUAUCUGUAAGAUUUGAUGUGGAGCCGCUCCCGAAAAUGACUGAUAUUGGUUUCUUGGCUAACGGUUUAACAGCUUCAGACACCUCCGACUAAAAGCUAAUUAAAAAAAAUACAAAACCCCGCCUCUUUAUAUUUAGAUUUUAGGGUCUUAUUAUUCCCGCCAAUUUCAAUUAAAAAUUCACCCUCAUUAAAGACUAUAUGCAUUCACUGAGGCUCUGAAUUUGUCACUGUAUAUUCUCCGCUUCCUGUAGUCACGGCAGCAAUGGUUAAUCUCCAGCGAAACCCUACAAAGAAGCGCCCUAACAAUGGCAGCGCAGGGAUUCCAUCCUCUUCAGCCGGUGCUCCUCAGUCUCCACUGAAGAAAACUCCUCGCCACGUGGAGCAAACGGACGUGGACGUCAUGCUGGCAGUGUUAGCAGAAGCGGGAUGCACUCUCCUUUGUGGCGAAAAGGCCCCCACUCUUGCACCAGCAGAGACGCAGAAUCUUCAACGCCGUUUGGAUCUCCGUUUUAGCUCUGAACCGACCUUAAUUGACAAAUUUCUAGCCGGUUUGAGCUCCUUCAUCGAAGAUUCCAACAAUUUCAGAAGGAUUCUUGAAUGCACAUCAGACACUGGAAUGUCAGAUGCCUUGUCAUAUUCUGACAGUAUUGCACGGGUAUUACUCUUGGUAGCACCACUUCAAAGUCAGUUCUAUGACAUUCUCUUGGAGAAAUUGCCCGAACACUUCAAUGAAGAUUCAAGCUCUCUGAAACAGGAUAUACCAAGGUUAAUAUUAAAUCAAUUCCGAUGGCUUGACUUUCUAGUUGAUGCUGAAUCAUCAACAAGAAAGCUGUUGGAUGUAUUGUCUAUUUGCCCAUUACCACUCAAGAAGGAAAUUAUCAGCUUUCUUCCAGAUAUAAUUGGCGAUCAAAGUAAUGGCAUGGUUGUCUCUUCUCUUGAACAAAUGUUGCAAGAGGAUAUGGAUCUUAUUGUUCCAAUCCUCGAUGCCUUUUCUAAUAUCAACUUGGAGGAUGAAUUGUUUGAACAGGUGGUCACAAUAGCCCUGUCAAGCCUCAGGACUGUAGAUGCAGAAUAUUUGCCCCUUGUUUUGAGAUUUUUAUUACAAUCAGCAACAACAGCGAAUUCAAAGAGGAUAGUUGAGCAAAUUCGUGAGAACUUGAAUUUUAUUGCAAUUUCUGAUACUCAAGCAACCAGAAACAAGAAGCUGAAAGGUAAAUUGGGUUCUAGCAGUGCGGAGGCUCUCAUUCUGGAUACUAUUAGAUUUGCCCUUCGUUUUAAAUCUAUUCUUUGUGAAACAAUUUUGAAAGAAAUAAAAGGUCUUGAAAGAGAAUGUGAUCACAGAGUAAUUGAUAUAUGGUUGCUGUUGAUCAUCUAUGCCAAUGGUGGUCCACUGCGGAAAAGUGCAGAAAAAAUAAUGCAAAAGAAAGCCCUUGCUGGUUACUUAAAUGAAACUUUGCUUCACCAUUGCAUUGGGGGCAGAGGAGAGUCAUUGCAGGUUUAUUUCCAAGAUCUACUUUCAAUCAGCGAAUCACUUCUAACUUGUAAGGAACUACCCAUCCGAAAGUUUGGUGUGCAUGCUUAUUCGCUUCUCUUUGAGGAGUUUGUUGGCACUUAUCAUCGACAAGAAGUUCUAGGUUCACUGGUUACGCAUACUGGUUCUGGAGUUGCUUAUGAAGUGAACUCAGCUCUAGAUACUCUGGUUUUACUGGCAACAAAACAUUCUCAAGAGCUACUUCCUGUUUCUUCUUAUAUCAAUGGCAUUUUGGAUUAUCUAGAAGGAUUUCAAGAUGACCACUUAGAGAAGGUUUAUAUUGUUUUCAGCCGACUUGCAUUGGAGUCUUGGUCUGGAACUAAUUCCUGUGGCUCUUCCAUUGCAAAUGAAUUACUGAUGAUUGUCCGUAAGCAGAUUGCAAAUCCAGAUCUAAGGUACAAGCGAAUGGGUAUCAUUGGAGUUGUAAAAUUGGUUGCAUCAUUGGGAGGAAAAAAGAUUACCUCUAAUUUGCAAUUAUCUGGUGGAAGUUGUCAGAAAACAAGCACUGAUGAGGCCUUAUCACUGCUAGAAAUGGUUCUGGAAACAUGUAAGUCACUGCCAAUGGCUCGUGGGUUUUUCUAUGAUGAAUUAACAGGACUGGUAGAUGAUACAGAAUUACACCCUUUUGUUGUAGAAUGGGUGUCAAAACACACGGGUGAGUUUGAGAUGCUUUUUCUCUUAGAUCUUGAGUCUGGAAAACUUCAGGUAGAGCCUGGUGAUUGUGGUGGUCUACAAGGGGAAUUAUGGAUGAAUUUGGAUGGUGAAGUUUCACCAAUUUGUCUGAAUGUCUUACCUCUGUUGACAUCGUAUCAAGAAAGGUCCUCACAGAAGUUGGAGUUCCUGCCUGCUAACUUUUUUCUAUUAGCAGCAAUAGAACGGCUAACAAAUCAGGGCUCUCUUGAAAGCAUUGAUGCACUGCUUGGCUGCCCCUUAUAUCUUCCAAAGCAUCAGAUUUUAUUCGGAGAUGCAUGGAAGUCCUUGGCUAAAAGGCAAAAGCAAGUAGCAUGCCUUUCACUUUACUAUGGAAUAUGUUGGAUAAGGGAGCUGGUUAAUGCUUUCUCCACACAAAUUGUUGACCAAGUGGAGAAUGUAACUCAAGUUACACGGGAAGAAACAGCCUCAAAAUUACUUAAGCGCAUUAGAAACUUAUUGUUCCUGGAAUGCUUGCUGAAUACUUGUCUCAAAUUAACUCCUUUAUCAUUGCCACAGCUGCAUUCUCUUACCAGUAGCAAUGGGUCUGUGGAUAACAGCGAGUCUCACCAAAAGAACACAUCAAUGAGAAAGAAAGGAAGAAAAUCAAAGACAGAAGGCUUAGAUGGUGCAUUAGAUGUAACUAAAAGCCAAAGUACAAGUUCCAAAUCUUCUCAAGAUGUGCAUUCUAGUACAAGUUUAAAACAAUCAACAAUUUCAGAUGCAUUCAAAAAAGUAGGAGGGCUGAGCCAGCAAUCUUCUCAGAAGUGUCCAGGUUUUCCUGCCAGUUCAGAGAAACAAAGAGAAGCCUUGAGUGGUGAGACAGAAGCUAGGAAUAACGACGAACAUGACAUGAAAGAAAUUUCUUCUCUUCCUGAAGUGUUAGAGAUGCAGAGAUACAAGCUCAGACCAUUAACACUAUCCAGCUUAUUGCUCCUCUCUCGUUCACAGAAUUUGAAGGUGUCCUGUUGUGCUGAUCCUGCAGCUGAGCUGCCACUGUACUUGUACCUACUUCGCGAUUUUCGCCAUAAACUGGACAGCUUUGAUUGUCCACGAAAGCUAUUUCCCCCACUGGCAUCCACUGUUUGCAAGGCUCCUUCUGGCCUUGCAAACAUAUCAGUUAUUGAUUUUCUAAAGAAGGUGCAGGUCCUGUUUCCAAGCCUCAGAAAGCAUCUUGACUCUGCAGUAAGUUUGCUCAAUGAAGAUUGUCAAACUUGCCAAACGCAUUGGAUAAAUGAAUCUGUUUCAUCUGGGAACCCACAAAUUGAAAGUAUCAUUGCUUCAAGAUCUCUAUCUUCAGAGUUAGUUUUCAAGGAGAUCCUUUGUGUUGUGCAUAAGAUUUUAGGUUUUGAAGACUUGUCUCUUCCAUGUAAUGUACCAAUUCUGAGAGAGUUACUUCAGGCAUUUCAAUCAUCUGCUGCAAUGAGUGAUAUCUCUUCUGAUUUGCACGCAUGCCCCCCUGUUGGCAGUUUGGAUUUCUGCUUCUAUAGUGCUUAUGAAUUUCUUGAUGGUCUUUUCAAUUGUGCUAGCUCAACUUCAUUUAUGCUGGCUUCAGAGCUUAUAAUGGCACUAAAAGCAUUGGUAAACUGUGCCCAAGCCUGUGCCGAAAACUAUGCAGAAGGCAAGCGACGCCGGUCAAGUAUUGGUGGGAUUUUGAAGUUUGUUCCAAAACUGUGUAAAAAAGUCAGUGCAUCAGCCCACAAGUUAUUGGAACACAACUGGGAUAGUGAUAGCCAGGGGAAUAUUUGGAAAAGCAAAGGAGAUGUACUACAGAAGGUACUCCAAAUUUAUAUUGGAUAUAGUGAGUCUCCAGUUGAUUGUCUUGAAGAACUUGCCUGCAGAGUUAUGCCACAGAUGCCAGCUGGAAAGUCUCGAAGUGGACAGGAUUCAGUUCUGGGAUUUCCUGCUCUUUCAUCUGCUACAUUUACUAUAUGGUACCGUGUGCAGCAUGAAGAAAUCCUUAUCAUUUUGAACAAAGUGAUCAAAGAAAUCACUACAUUGCACAAGUCAAAGGCUGUUGUCGAUGCUGAGCACGUGGAAAAGCUUUUAAGCAAUGCUCUGCAGUGUGUAAAUAUAGUUGUAUCUCUCAUCAGUUUGACCAAAGUUCAUGAUAAGGCACACAUACAUGCUAUGGCAGUCAAGUAUGGCGGAAGAUUUGUAGACAUCUUUUUAAAAGGUUUUGAAUUUCUGCAGGCUCAGUAUGAUGCUCAUAAGAACAGUAUAAUUACCUUGGUGAAGGAACUCCAAAAAGCCACAAGGACCAUUCAAACACUAUGCUCUGAGGCCAAGGGUUUUAAAAGGACAGCAGUUACAAGCAAGGUUCCUGUGGUGAAGCGGUCUAUGGAACGUUAUGUAUUUUGUGUUAAAGCGCUUCUCCACAGCACCUCACAUGGGGAUUCUUUCUGGAUGGGGAACCUAAAACACAAGGACUUACAGGGUCGGGAAAUCAGCUCUCAGUUGCAUGUAAGUGAAGAGGAAGAGGAAGAAGAUGACCCCUUGAAUAAUCAGCCCGAACAGGCUGAGACUGAUGGAGAUGAAGAAAACAGUCAGAGUCAGGAAAUGGAAGAGUUAAGUGAUGAAUGAUUUUAAGCCAAGAGACAUGAUGCAUGCAAUAACAAGCCUACUGACAUCUAUUUUGUCAGGGUAUCAUGGAGUUCUAUUAUGAAUGGGACUGCAAAUCAGAUCUACAAUCUUGUCUGUUCUUAGUUGAAUGCCCCAUAUGAAUGGAGACGAUCCUAGUAUCUGUAUUGUGUUGGUGUGCUGAUAUUUUAUAAAACUUGUCUGGAAGAAUUCAAAUACAGUGCUACCAUGGGAAGGUCCAUUGAUGAGCAACAAGGGGUUAUCCAUCUAAGUGAGACUUUCUUUUGCAGGGAGACUAGGCUUGUACUUUCUUAACAGUUUAGAAGAGAAGAAAAUGUUUAGAGGAGAAAUCACAACCAUACCAAUAUGGUGGAGAAACUAGUUACAUAUGUAUCAAGUCAUCUUCUGAUGACCACUGUGUCGAAGGCAUAGACUAACUGGGGCAAACCUGCACUGCAUCUUACCAUCCAUUUAUUUACCAGUUGAUUUUACUUUGUUUUAGGAGUAUCUAAUGUAAAUAACAGUAUCUUGAGAAGUUAAAUUCUAAUCUUUUAAAAAGAUGGUAAAUAAGCCAUAA